AUGGUUGCUGGUGGUGUACCCACUAGUUGUGCUGAUCAUGCGGAACGUGUUAUGAAUAUGGCAAUCGGUAUGCAAAUGGAGACGAAGUCAGUGACGCGCCCACGUACGAACACGCCACUCCGUAUUCGUCUAGGCGUUCACAUGGGUCCAGUUGUUGCCGGCGUCGUUGGAAUAAAAAUGCCUCGGUAUUGUAUGUUUGGUGAUACUGUUUCAGUGGCAAACAAAAUGGAAUCACACGGGAUACCGUCUAGAACACAUGUCAGUGAAAGCGCCAGAAAAGCAGCUUUGCAAACAAAUAGUUAUCUGGAGUUCAGCGAUCGUGGUGUAAUCCAAGUGAAAGGUGUUGGCCAGAUGCAUACUUAUUUUCUCGAACAAAAUGGCCGAAAAACAGUCUGGGAUAUUUGCGGCCGGCCUAGGAGUUGGUUUUUAUCCCUCAAUAUACAUUCAUGCAUUUCACUUGUCCCUCAAUACUCUUCCAGAUGUUUUACUCAUACCUCAGUCACUGCAAAAAAAUGA